AUUGGAUUUUUUUCUAUUACUUCAAAAUCAACAUUUUUCUGGGGUAGACUUGACUUUUUUAAAGUGAAAGACAGAUAAACUUCACUUGGGCUGCAUGCCCCUCAGCCAAACAUCAAAAUGAAUCACCCGGUAUAGUGCCAGGUCGACCCCCCCAAAUAUCUGACCGACAUCAUUUAUGACGAUAUUUACUUUGUGGAGUUGUCAUAAACCUCUUGCGACGUGUUGCGCAAUUACUCUAGAACACAAAUUUGUAUUACUACGGCGUGCGAUUCUUUCACAUUCAUUAUAUAGUAGGACUCUCACGUUUUUAUGAUACGCCUAUUCGAAUUGCACAUGAGCUAAAUUACCGGACAUUCGUUGAGGUAAUUGUCUUGUCUUGUAAGCUAAGUACUGCACUACGACCAAUCAACCUCAAUCAAACAAGGUGAGACCGACCGACCGGGUGUGCGUUACUUAACAAGUUAUAGGUUUACCAAUUUUACCAGCUUUAUUGUGGUUAGUUCAUGAAAGUUUUGAGCGAGAUAUCUCAAGUAUAGCUGAGCUGGAAAGAACAAUGUCAUCAGGGGCAUUCACCUGUAUCUCGUGCCGAGUGGCAUUCGCCAGUACGGAUCUACAGAGGGCUCACUACAAGUCGGACUGGCAUCGCUACAACCUCAAACGCAAAGUAGCCGAGCUUCCUCCCGUCACUGCUGCUGAUUUCAAGCAGCGCCUUCUUGCACAACAAUCCAAGACCGCUGAAGCACAACGUGACACCUCUACUAGAUGCGGGGUAUGCGGGAAGCACUUUGGCACGGAGAACGCCUAUACAAACCACCUACAAUCCAAGAAACAUAAAGAUGCAGAGGCAAAGAUGAAAGCAGCAUCCGAUCAGAGCCAGGUCUCCAUCAAGAAUGCCAAGAACAAACGCGACCAGGCCAAGGUUGACGCCUAUGAAGGAGAGAAGAUGAAGAGGGAAGGGGCUGAGAAGAAAAAGAAGAUGGACAACAAUGCUGCACCACCAUCAUCAUCUAGGUUGAGGACGGAGAACAAAGAUGAAGUUGCUGAUGAAGUGAUGGACGAUGAUGAUGAGGAGGAAUGGGAGGACGUAGAAGGUGAAGAGAUACCGCCUACAGAUUGUCUCUUCUGCAGUCAAUCAACUUCAUCAAUUGAAGACAACCUGCAUCAUAUGACUGUAUCUCAUAGCUUCUACCUGCCCAACGUGGAGUUUAUAGCAGACAUGGAGGGUCUUUUAUCGUAUCUGGGUGUGAAGGUUGGCUGCGAUUUCAUGUGUCUUUGGUGCAAUGAAAAAGGAAAGUCAUUCUACUCACUGGAUUCAGUACAGAGACAUAUGAGAGACAAAGGCCACAGUAAGAUCUUGUAUGAAGGAGAUGCUAUUUAUGAAUAUUCAGACUUCUAUGACUUCAGGAAAAGCUACCCUGACUAUGAUGAGAGGAAUGGAGGAGCAGUAGGAGGAGAGAUGAGGAGUGAAGAUGAUGAAGAUGAAGAAGAAGAAAUGGAUUUAGGCAGCUAUGAGAUGAAAGAAGAAGGAUUUGAGCUUAUUCUCCCCUCGGGAAUGAAGAUUGGUCACCGUGAGCUAAGCAAGUACUACAAGCAGAACCUUCCCCUUGAAAGAAGAGUAAUGAAGAAGAAUCCUGCCCUCAUUGGUCGAUUGAUGUCACAGUACAAGGCACUUGGUUGGCAUGGCAACAAAGGAGAAGCAUCAGAGAAGAUGAUUCGUGAUCUUCGUUAUGUACAGAAGUUCCGCAGCAGGCAGAAUCUCUCGCUCCAAGUCAAGGCCAACAAAUUCCAGACACAUUUCCGAUGUCAGAACCCAAUAUAAGCCUACGGUACUUCAUCAAUUACAAUAUGACUUGCUCAUCUAGCUUUGAUGAGAUGUGUGUGCAUGCAUUGAGUGAUAUGACAGAAUGAGAGAGCAAUAAAGUAUACAAAUGAGGUGGGAAAAAAAAGGGGCGGGGGGGGGGGGAGAUUUAGCUUCCCUCAAUACUCAAGAGCCCUGGAAAUCUCCAUUCAUUGCAAUGUUAAAGCUUAUCCAAUGGUGGUGAUCUAAACAGUAAGUUGGUAAAAGUAGCCCCUGAAAAAAAAAAAAAAAUUGCCCGAUACAAAUAUUGACUGCUCAUGAGGAUGACAGGAAAUUAUCAUUCCCAAGUUACUUUUCUUACCGACCCUUUUAUCACCGAAGGAAUGGUAGAACGGCUGGAAUGAAAAGCACAGAGGGAGCAUCGGAAUACAGAGCAGACUAUAGUUGUUUUAUACCUCAUUGUUAAUUGUCGCAAAGAUCUGUCUUACAUUAACUCUAGACCCAAGGGUUACCGAUAUCUAUUGUAGGACCCAACUAGUGUUUAACUAUUUUCUAGGUUGAGCGAUCACUUUUUAAUUUCAAUGCAUUGCUGCUGGUCAACCAUACAUGUAUCUACGACUACCAGCCAGUAGGCUACACCUAAUGUACGCGUAGCAACACCUACUCAUUGUGGCCCCACCCUCAAGGGGUUAUGCAUGCUAUCACAGGGAUGAUAUGAUAAAUUGAUAGCAAGUCAGAACCUUGAGACAAUGAUACAUGGAAUAGAAUCGUAGUAUGUGGUAUAUCAUGGGUAUAAUUGAUAGAGAAGAGGGCUUCAGUUGUAUUAAAAAAUAUUUCUCAGAUGUCAUUCCAUUAGUAAGAAAUUGAAAAAUCAUACAGAGCAUUACCCAUAAUGAAAUGAGCAGUUUAAGUGAAAAAAAAUAAUAAGUUUGACCGUCUUAAUGUAUGCACAAAGUGAAUGCCAAUUUCCAAUGGAUUCAAGUUUAAUUUGAUUUUCAGAGUACAGCCCACAGGUAAUAUUUUACUCAAAAGUAUUUCUGGAUAUCUAUGGUGUGUAUAAAAUAUAUAAUAAUAAAUGCAACUAAUCGAACCAAA